CAAGUCCCUCACGCAAUUAGAAAGACUCUAGUUUGGGAAUUCCAUUCAUUCCUUGUCAUUCUCACCAAAAAUUAGGGUUUUCCUUUAAUUGCUUCUUAACAAUCGCCUUCAAAUUCAUUCCCUUACAUUAAGGUGAAACAAAGAAAAAAAUGUCUCGUGUAUAUGUCGGGAAUUUAGAUCCACGAGUUACUGAGCGAGAAAUUGAAGAUGAAUUUCGUGUUUACGGUGUUUUACGCAAUGUGUGGGUUGCGAGAAGGCCGCCAGGUUAUGCAUUUGUCGAGUUUGAUGAUCGCAGGGAUGCACUAGAUGCUAUUCGUGCACUGGAUGGGAAGAAUGGAUGGCGUGUGGAGCUCUCUCACAAUUCUAAAGGAGAUGGAGGUGGCCGUCCGCGCGGAGGUGUUGGUGGUCGUGGUGGACGUGGUGGUGGUGAUGAUCUGAAGUGUUAUGAAUGUGGUGAACCAGGGCAUUUUGCUCGUGAGUGUCGUUUACGUGUUGGUCCACGUGGAUUAGGAAGUGGGCGUCGUCGUAGCCCUAGUCCUAGACGGCGAAGGAGUCCAAGUUAUGGCCGCCGGAGCUAUAGCCCACGUUAUAGCCCUCGUGGCAGAAGGUCUCCACCUCGUCGUAGCAUAUCACCUCGCAGAGGCCGUAGCUACAGCAGGUCACCUCUAUAUCGCCGUGCUCGACGUGAUUCACCAUAUGGAAACGGAAUCUAGGAUGGAUUGAAGAAGGGCUGGGUUGCUGGACAGUGCUGAAUGAUAAUAGGAUAGCUCCGCAUUAGUACUUUUCGUGAUAAGCUAUGUGAACAAACUGCGGUAGGUCUAUUAUAUUCAUAUAUCAUGACAUUAUGGUGUGUUGGACCUGGCAUUUGUUGUGGGACUGCACUUUCUGGCGGCCAAAAGGGGUUGCUUGCGACUCUACGGCUUGCUCUUUGCAGCUUUCUGAAAAUUAGAGGUCCUUUUCAUACUCUAUAUAUUCUUAACGGCUUUUGUUUCAUUUUUACUUUCAAUGCUUUAUUGGAUUUAUGGUAAUAUGAUUUAUGUAUUUUUCGGUCUCUGAACAUAUUUUCUAUAUUUUGCUGUUUGCUUUUUUGAGGUUUGGUUAUCACCUGAGAAACGGCCUUCAUCUUAGACUCUGCACUAUACCCGCAUCUUGUUGCUCCUUGUGGUUCUUAGGGACUACUUUGAAAGGGUAUUCGAACUGCAAACUUCAAUUAUGAACUUCAUGUUUUAGCAUAACAUCUCCAUCCCUGCCCUACGCCUGCACGUCCUUGGUCCUUGUGAUUAUUAGUGACUACUUUGAAUGGCCAUUCAAACUGCAAAGUUUGGUUAUGCACUUCACAGCCUUUCAAACCGCAAAAUUUGGUUACAAACUUCAUGGUUUAGCAUCACAUUUCUGUCUCUGCCCUGCGCCAGCUUGUGUCGCUUCUUGUGUGGUCCUUGACUUCUACUUUGAACCGCCAUUCAAACUGCUAAAUUCGAUAAUGAACUUCAGGGUUUGCAUUUCUGCUACACUAUCCAGUGAGCAAUUUUCACCAACACUACCCUAUUUGCAACAAAGCAUGUUGCAGUUAAGACCUGAGAGUGUUGUUUGUGCCACAAGGUUAGACCCAGUAUAUUAUUUAAUUGUUUGUUUUUUAUAAUACCUCUGGACCACCUGGAAGCGCUUUAAAAGUAGUCAGUGUGGUUCGAUGAGUGCAAUUUGUAGGAUCUUUUCGGUAAAGUGCUCAAACCUUUGUUUGUGAGCCAAUGUAUCUAGAGUCACUUGGUUUAUAGUAAUUAUAUAUAUAUAUAUGAGUCUGUAUUCGGGCAACGUUUAUACAUGCUUUAGAUCUCUGGGUCGGUGCUUUCCACUGUUCCAAUACAAAUUAACUGGGGUAUUUGAGCAUCUGUCA